CCCAUCACACACCCACCCCCACAAUGGACCUCUCCUUCGACCUCGUGGCAUCAAAAUGCGCCGAACAAAUGGCAAAGUACCAGAACUGUGUCCUCGGGAACCAGAAUGCCGACUGGGCAAACAUUUGCAGGCCGGAGGGCAAGGCGCUGACCGAGUGUGCUGAUGCGAGCGUCCCACACCUCGCCGAGCUCAAGCGCGCGUGCGCCAAGCAGAUCUCGACCUACCGCGGCUGCUUGGAAGCCAACGGCGCCCAGCCCGACGACGUCGUCCGCGAGCGGUGCGCAGAGGCCAUGAAGGCCUUGUGGCUGUGCUCAGAGUCCAAGGUCGCCGAGCUCGAGCGGACGGUGUAGGUGCCGUCACUGGCGGCGGGGGCGGCGUCGAGCCGAGGCGAGGUGAGGUGUCGAUGUUGUCCACCGAGCCGGCAAUCGCGCCGCCCCAACCGUCGCCGAGGCCACCCAAUGCAAGGCCCAACCACACAACACUCAUUGUAGCCCUACACGAC